UCUUUCUUCUCCUUUCCUUUCAGAGCCUCCUGGUAGUGACAUGGCGGCCCCUCAGGACAACACUCUGCGCAUUGUUCUGGUGGGGAAAACUGGAAGUGGGAAGAGUGCAACAGCAAACACCAUCCUGGGGAGUAGAGUCUUUGACUCUAGAAUUGCUGCCCACGCUGUCACCAAGUUUUGUCAAAAAGCAUCCCGGGAAUGGAAGGGAAGGAAUCUUCUUGUUGUUGACACCCCAGGGCUCUUUGACACAAAGGAGACCCUUGAGACCACAUGCAGGGAAAUCAGCCAGUGUGUUCUCUACUCCUGCCCCGGGCCCCACGCCAUUAUCAUGGUCCUGCAGCUGGGCCGCUACACGAAGGAAGAACAGAAUACCGUGGCAUUGAUCAAGGCUGUCUUUGGGGAGCAAGCCCUGAAGCACAUGAUCGUGUUGUUCACUCGCAAAGAAAACUUGGAGGAGCAGAGCCUAAGUGGCUUCAUAGCAGAUGCUGAUGACAAGCUAAGAAACGUCAUCAAGAAGUGUGGGCAACGCUAUUGUGCCUUCAAUAACAGAGCCUCUGAGGCUGAGAAGGAAGCUCAAGUGCAGGAGCUGGUGGAGAUGAUAGAGCAGAUGGUGCAGGGCAACAGAGGGGCUUACUUUACCGAUUCCAUUUAUGAGGAAACAGAGGAGAGGCUGAAACAACGGGCAGAAGUCCUGAAGAAGAUCUAUACUGAUCAAUUAUAUAACGACAUUAAACUAGUAGAAAAGGAAUACGCUCAUAAAUCAAAGGAAGAACGGGAGGAAAAAAUAAAAUGGCUAAAGAGCAAGUAUGAUGAAAAAAUGAAAAAUAUUAGGGAAGAAGCUGGGAAGGGCAUAUUUGAUGAUAUUUUAAAUGUGAUUAUGAGGGUGCUUUCAAAAAUAUGGCAUAUGUUUUGGUAGUCAUGUCCAUUCCAUUUUUUCUUCUGAAUUUACGAUGACUUGUGGUAGCGGUAGAUUGUAGUUUCUAUAGAUGGCUGUAACAGUAGCUUCUACUUUUCCUACAACCUGACCCUGUUACUCCUGCCACUGAGUUGUGGGGUUCUGUGUCCUCUACCUUGGAACAGGACAGACCUUGGGACUGUUUCCAUAAAUAAAAGAUGGUUGAAGCAACACUUUGUGACUCUAAGUGUUAGAUAUGGGCAAUGUGUCCUUGCCCUGUUGGGGUUUUUGCCCUUGGAACUUGACUGUCAUGUUGUGAGAAAGCCCAGGCUGUGCCUUGAGAGUCUCCCCUGAAGAGGACCUGAAGUCCCUGGCCCAUUCCCCCGGCUUUCCUUUCAUCUGGGAGCCAGACCAACUUGCAAGUGAGGCAACACAGAAGCCAGUCCCCCAGCUCCCUCCCCCCCCCCCCACAGGCGAAGUUGCAAAAGCAGAGAUGACCCAUUGCCACUGAGUCCUGCCCAAAUUGUAUCUUUAUGACAACAAAUAAAGGAUGGUUUUUGUUUUUAA